AUGGACGAUUUUUUCUCCAACGGCAACGGCAAAAAAGGUUCAACGACAUUCCCAGAAGAAAAAAGUUCCCCAACCAUCUCCGGCGGGAGCCCCUUUUCACCCCUGGAGGAGAAUGGGAGAAAAAUGAAGAAGGGGAGAAGGAAAUUGGUGUCCUCGUCCUCCGGCGAAAGGCGGCUUCUUUAUGCGCCGUCGAGUAAGAAGAAGAAGAACAGGGGUUUGGAUUCGAGGCUCGAUUGGGAAAAAAACGAUAAGCUUUUGUCCGACCUGAGUAAUUUUUCUGUAAAAAGUCAGAGGAAGAUGAUGGAGAAGGCCAUGGAGGAAGAGAAGAGGGUCUGA